AUGAUCAUUUCAAUGGAUACCAGUACACUAGCUAGUGUCUUGCACCAGACACGUUUAUCUUGACGUUCUGAAGUAUAGAGCUAUCCUGUGAAGCAGUAUGAAGCUGUUUAUCUCAUUUUUGGCGUUGAUGAUACUGGCUUGUGGGGAGGUCAGCAGCAGUUCUUCUAGAUCUUCCUCUGGAUCUUCUUCUGGAUCUUCUUCCGGAUCUUCUUCGGGAUCUGGAGAACGGCCUGCUCCACAACCCGCUCCGGCACCUGCUCCACAACCCGCUCCCGCACCUGCUCCACAACCCGCUCCACAACCAGCUCCUGCACCUGCUUCGCAAACUGCUCCACAACCUGCUCCCGUGCCUGCUCCACAACCUGCUCCAGCCCCUGCACCCGCCCCACAACCUGUUCCGGCACCUGCUCCACAAUCUGCUCCAGCACCUGCUCCUCAACCCGCUCCGGCACCUGCUCCACAACCCGCUCCGGCACCUGCUCCACAACCCGCUCCGGCACCUGCUCCACAACCAGCUCCGGCACCUGCUCCACAACCCGCUCCGGCACCUGCACCCGCCCCACAAUCUGCUCCAGCACCUGCUCCACAACCCGCUCCGGCACCUGCUCCCGUGCCUGCUCCACAACCUGCUCCAGCCCCUGCACCCGCCCCACAACCUGCUCCGGCACCUGCUCCACAAUCUACUCCAGCACCUGUUCCACAACCCGCUCCGGCACCUGCUCCACAACCCGCUCCGGCACCUGCUCCACAACCCGCUCCGGCACCUGCUCCACAACCAGCUCCGGCACCUGCUCCACAACCUGCUCCAGCCCCUGCACCCGCCCCACAAUCUGCUCCAGCACCUGCUCCACAAUCUGCUCCAGCACCUGCUCCACAACCCGCUCCGGCACCUGCUCCACAACCCGCUCCGGCACCUGCUCCACAACCAGCUCCGGCACCUGCUCCACAACCUGCUCCAGCCCCUGCACCCGCCCCACAAUCUGCUCCAGCACCUGCUCCACAAUCUGCUCCAGCACCUGCUCCACAACCCGCUCCGGCACCUGCUCCACAACCCGCUCCGGCACCUGCUCCCGUGCCUGCUCCACAACCUGCUCCAGCCCCUGCACCCGCCCCACAAUCUGCUCCAGCACCUGCUCCACAAUCUGCUCCAGCACCUGCUCCACAACCCGCUCCGGCACCUGCUCCACAACCCGCUCCGGCACCUGCUCCCGUGCCUGCUCCACAACCUGCUCCAGCCCCUGCACCCGCCCCACAACCUGCUCCGGCACCUGCUCCACAAUCUGCUCCAGCACCUGCUCCACAACCCGCUCCGGCACCUGCUCCACAACCCGCUCCGGCACCUGCUCCACAACCCGCUCCGGCACCUGCUCCACAACCAGCUCCGGCACCUGCUCCACAACCCGCUCCGGCACCUGUUCCACAACCACCCCUGGGACCUGUUCCACAACCACCCCUGGGACCUGCUCCUCAACCCGCUCCGGCACCUGCUCCCCAACCCGCUCCGGCACCUGCUCCACAACCAGCUCCGGCACCUGCUCCUGCACCGGACCCAACGAUAGCCACACCGAGCAUUACAAACUGUCCAUCUGAUAAGAUCGUCAAGCAUGCCGGUACCGGAGAAUCGGCGACUGUGACCUGGCCUGAGCUGCAGACCUCUGGUUUUUCUGUGACGCCGAAGAUCUACUCUUCUAAAGAGUCAGGGUCUAUGUUUCCGGUUGGUGACACAACUGUUGUUGCUACAGCCUUCGCAGUCCCGCAGGCUGCUGUCUGUACGUUUACAGUUGAAGUCACGACUGACAAACCAACGAUUUCGAACUGCCCCGAAAACAUCCAGCAAACCCUUCCGUCUGGACAGACUGAGGUUGCCGUUAGUUGGACGCCCCCUACGGCCACACUUCCUCUUGGGCAGCUCUAUUUUGCUCCAAAUUUGAAUCCUGGGACCGAGUUAAGUGCUGGGACUUCAACUGUCGUGUACACAGCAGUUGACGCUCAAAGAAACUCAGCCGUAUGCUCCUUUACCGUAACAAUCACGGCUUAGAACAACAGAACGGGUGACAGAACUUGUUCCAUUAAUCUUGGAGUUUUUUUGCAUCUUCAUUAUACAUCAUCAAUCAUCAUCUUCAUCACGUCGACCUGCGCACCGUAUAAAAUGUUAUACUUCUAUCUUGGAUUUUAAUAAUUAUAGGAGCAGUAUGGCACUAUCGUCUCUCUCUAUAUCACUAUUUGGUGAUUAUACUGCCAUAUUCAUUUUUUUUUCAUUCUCUCUCUCUUAAUGAAACUAUCUAUCACCUUUAACAUGUUUAAAUUACGUAAUUUUAUAUACAA